CUGCCAUUGGCCGCCCUCGCAGGGGCUGAUGGGAAUUGGAGUCCCCGCCGCUAGGCCCAUCUCUGAGGCGGCGGUUCCGAGGAGGACUCGAGCUUCUGGCUCCCCUCGCGGAGUGAGGCGGCUGGGAGGAGCAGCAGGGAGGCCCCGCAGGAGGAGGCAGAGGAGGGCAGCGGCGACGAGAGGCCGGGGAGGAAAGCGGCCUGGCCUCAUUCAGAGGGUUGCAGGUUUGGGGGUGCUGAUGGAGGCGGGGGGUGGGACUGGAGGGAAGAGGAUGCGGGUGGGGCUUGUCCCGGGACAGGGUGUCUCAACGCACGUUGUGUGUGUAUACGCAUGUUACUGUGUUACAUAUUAUUACUGUGAAUAAUAUGCAUGGAAACGGUUUGAAUCGCACCUUCAUCGGCUGCUUUAAUACAAAUGAUAUUUUUUGUUGGUUAAUCACAAUGACAUAUAUAUUAUCUUGGUGACAAACCGCAAUUCUAAAAGGGAUCCAGCGGAAACUUUGGUAGAGUUCUAUUUCGUGCUUACAUGCAUUGGGGUGUGUGUGUGUGUGUGUGUGUGUGGUUGUAUGAAAUACUGUAUCACAGCAGCAUUUUAUUUUUUAGGUCAAUAUAAAUGUAUAAACACACACUGCAGAAUAGUGGACACGACUAACUUAGUUCCAUUAACCUCUAGUGGGUCCGCUCUACUCUCUAGUAUAACUUAGCUGGGUAGCUGCUUAAAUAUCCUAUUGAAACUCACAGUGUAUGCUAAAGUUUUUACAGUUUCAAAACAGGCCCUUGUUCUGCUGGCAUCCCUCCUUUUGAGCUCUGGAUCACUGCCUUGACAAAGGCCUUAAGCCACUGCUGCUUAGUGUUCUUGUGCCUACAGAGGCAGCUGCUAUUCCCAUUUUAUAGACAGGGCUAAAGAGGCUAAGCAAGAGCGGCUGUAGAAGAAGCAGGUCUUGAAUCCAGUCCUGUCUUCUUCCCAAACAUUGGGCCACAUUGAUGGCCAACCUCAUAUUUCUUGAUUCAAGCAAUCCCUGAGAAAACCUGCUAUGGAAAGAGGUGUGUUGGCUGAGUCAAACUGUUUGCUUGUAGCUAUGGGUCCUUGCAGCUUCUCUGAGAAACGGAGGGGCGUGACUGAGCCUUAGAGUGGCAGCACCUUUCCGGAGCUUUAGACUUGAACAGCUGCUGCCAGGCAGAUUCUGUGUACACAAACACUGUCACUGCUCAUGACGGUGUUCCCACACAGUUGCAGGCUGUGGAAAUAAAGCACCCCGAAUCAACUGAUGCACCCUCAUCCCAGGUUCCUGACUUGCGAGUCAGUCUCAGCUGGCCACCUGUCAAAUGGGAGUGACCUGGCUAAUCAAUAAUAUAUUUAAAUUAUUUGCUUGUUACACCUUUGUCCUGCCUAAAGGGAGCCCAGAAUGUCAUAUUCACAGUCCAACACGAUAACAACAUAAAACACCAAAAGCACUCCUGUAAAAACUAAUAAAAAACAGUUAUUCUAGAAAGCAGAGAUCCUAUGUGGAGGUUGGGAGCUUCAGGUGGGAAGCCUUUAAUAAUGCCUGGAGAUCUUGGCUAAUCUUUUUUUAAAAAAAUAAAUAAAUAAAUACAAAAUACAUUAUUGUUGUUGUUAUUUUAUUCUUAGGUGGAUCCCAGCAAUGCAUCUUCAUAUUCAGGCAACGGGCCUUCCGUUCCUGACACUGGUGUCCUGAUUGGGGUUCUUUUCCCACUCAGGAAAACAUGCAUUAGGCUGUUGCCUUGACUUCCGCAUAGAUGGGAUAUCCAAUGGAUUUUCCUAGGGGACAAUGGAGCACACACCAAACCCUGAGGACAAAGUACCACAAAACAUACCACCCAAGGAGGCUGCUCGGGCUGCCAGACAGGAGGCGGGUGACAACGUGGAUUUCCUCUCCAAGCACCAGCAAGAAAUCCAGGCUUCCUUUUUCAACAACGCUUUGGAAAGCCAUCUAGAAGGGUUCCAGGCCCACGCGGAGCUCAGGUCAUUCACCCCAAAGCCUCCCCGCAAGCCCCCAAGACUUGAGCGAACUUCUUCUCUCGAUGAACUGAUCUGGCGGAGGAGGAGGCUCUUCAGGAUGAGCCGAGACAGCUUGGUGGAUCCCUCUGAGAUGGGCUCCUCCAAUGGAUCCCUCCAAGGGGAGAAUCCUCUGGGACAGAUGGCAGCCUCCACAAGCAAUUCGCACUGUGACCAGGAAUCCCUCUGUGGCUUGCAGAAAGCUUCGGAGGCGCCCCCCACCAGGCAUGGCAACUUGCAUGGGAAGCUGUCUAGAGUGAUGCCCACCCUUCCUCCGCCCCCUCUGGAGUUUGAUGGCUCCUUCCCUUCUCUGAGGACAACUAAUAGGAUCGACCCAGAUUGGGCGGAUUACAGGCUUUGCUCCCAGAGUGCCUUUCCAAGGGCAGGCAGCAGCUGGAGUGACACCAGGCUCCACAGCCGCGGGAUGGUUUGUGACAACUGCUCCACCACCUCCAUGAAGUCCACUUUCAGUCUCUUGACCCCCAUCCGCGUCAGGGAUGUGCGGAACAGGUAGGGUCCUUGUAGCGUGGGGGGAGGUCAAGAGGGGGAGUCAUGAGGAGCAUUCCUCCACAGGUACACUUAUGCUAAUUCUCACUGAGUGCUCAGUGAGGUGGGGACGGAAUUUUCUGUUGGAAUAAAAAAUCCCUGAGGUCGUCCCAGGGAAAGACUUAGGAACAGGAGUUAGCAGGAAUCUGAUAACCCAUUCUCAUCUCUUUCCUGAAAGGGCCCCUUAGAUUUUCAGAAUAUAUUUAUUUAAACUUUUAGUUCAUUUGCCUUCAUCUUUUUAUUUCCCAUAGCUUAUGAAUAUAUAUACACACAAAAAGAAAUAAAUAGCACUAAGAAGCACUAAGAAGAAAGGAAUGAAGGGGGGGGGAGCAAAUAAAUAGAAGUACAUAAUAUAUUUUACAGGAUUCCCAGUAGUAUUUAUGAUUCAGCAUCCUGCUAUAUUUUGUUACACCAGUACAUAAUAGAAGGGCACUACCUUUUAACUAGGUAAUUCCCCACCUGCCUGCCUUCCCUGACUCUCAUAGGAUGUUUCCCAAACUCUGUUUUUGUUUUGUUUUUCAUUUCCCAAGGAAGAAAGAAUGAGGAAAGCAAUCUGGGAUAGCGGAUUGUGGCAUUACAGUUGUCCAGGUGACAGCCUUGGCCAGCAAGGCCCCGGCUCCACUUAGACUGACAUGCCAGCCAGCGCCUUGAGGGUGCAGAUCUGGCCAUAGUGACACAUGCUUGAAUUACAUCUUACAGUUUGAUUUACUGCUGCAUAUUCUCAAUGGGACUCUCUUUGGUCUUGAAUGCAGUGAACAGGUUAUGUGUUGGGUUUUAGGAGUGUAUUCCUUCACUAUCCCAGUGGCCUCAUCAGCUGUUGUUCUGUUUCCAGACCCAUCUUUCAAGCACAAGAGUGCAGGGUGUGGCACAGCACACCUCCACCUGUAUAGAAACCCCACCCAGGCAGGACAUUAGUGCGGUUGCAUCACUGGGCAGUUUUCACUUCGGCCUCAAAUGAAGCAAAUUUAUAAUUAUUAUUUUUAAAAAAGAAAUAACAAUGCACUAUCUUUCCCUACAGAAGUUAUUUGGAAGGCAGCCUUUUGGCGACUGGUGCACUGCUGGGAGCAGAGGAAUUGAACCGGUAUUUUCCUGACCGGAACAUUGGCAUCUUUGUUGCCACCUGGAAUAUGCAGGGCCAAAAGGUGAGGGAAGAAGAGGGCUGGCUGGGGGCUUUGCCUGGUGAUUGGCCUUUGACCCAGGGAGCCUGGCUAAGUCAAGAAUACUUAUUUGGAAAGGGCUAUCAUAGCUCAAUGGCAGAGUACCUGCUUUGCAUGCAUAAAGUCCCAGGUUCCAUCUCCAGCGGCAUCUUCAGGCAGGACUGGGAAUGUCUCAUCAGAAACCCUGCAGAGCCACUACUGCCAGUCAUUGUAGACAAUACUGAGUUAGAUGGACUGACUCAGUAUCAAGCGGCUUCUUAUGUUUCUAUGCAUAGUUGUCUCCAAAAUUGUCUGGGAAGCCUCUUCCUCCCUCUGUCAUGCACAUCCUGCAAAUCUGGUCACAAUAACAGCUUUGCCCACAUACAGCAAGCAAGAUGGCAGAGUAGAUCAUUCCUGCUCACAUCCCUUGUGACAUUUUACAUGUGCCACUUAAGAAGUGUAAACGUUCCCUGGUGGUGCCACCUUAUGAUUCCUGUUUUGAACUUGUUUUGUACCUUUAUGGAAACUUUAUUGGAAGCACACCUGGAGUGCAUGAUGUGUGUCUGUAAACCUAAAGAACUCUAUUGGUUUAAUGAACCUGCAUGGGAUUGAUUUGUGGUCAGCUUGCUGGUUAUAUCCCCUUAACCUGUUGGCGCUUGUGUCCUUGAGAGUCCAUUCCUUCUCCUUCCCUAUCACCCUCCCACUUAAGUACAGUACUCACCUAGAGUUUGGAAAAGUCUUCCUUGUCUUGCAGGAACUUCCUGAGGUGUUGGAUGAUUUCCUGCUGCCGCCAGGCCCUGACUUUGCCCAGGACAUGUAUGUGAUAGGGAUCCAAGAAGGCUGCCCAGAUAGGUAUGGAAACCAAGAGAAGCUGGCUUUGGCCUCGUAACCCCCACCCACUGCACAGAGGGUGGUUUGCCUGCAAGGGGUCAAAGUCUGUAGCUGAGCACUGCCACAUGACCUCAUGCAGGGCAAUGCUCCCCUUGUAGAGUAUAGCCAGUACAGACCUCCUGCUGCCUGAUGCAAGUGUACCCUGUUUCUUCAGUUUGGAUCAUUGUCAGUGUCAGAAAUAAGGGCCCCGGGGCUCCUGGGAGGCAGGAGGCCUUUGCCUCGCCUCUGUUGUGGGCGGAGCGGAGAGUUCCUUGCAAGGAUUCAGAAGUCUGGGGUUGCAUCCAGUACUAGUCCUACUCAGAGUAGAUGCAUUUAAGCUGAUGGACAUGGCUAACUGUCAGGGCUUGAGUCAGGCGUAGGUCAGUAACAAACAAAAAAACAAAUCACCCGAGGCCAGUGAAGUUAAAUCUUUAUUCAAGGAAACGAGCCACAGAGCUCAGGCUUAGUGGUCUCAGCAACAUUUCCUAGGAGGUCUUGCCCCAGUGAAGCAGUUGCAAGGACUAAAGUUUCCUGCCUUCCCACCCCUCUCUAAGACUUCUUCUUUCCAGAGUUUUCCCCACGCAGUCACAAACUGCGUCUGCACACAACUAAUCACUGCUCUUUUCAUUUCUCUGUGCAUUCUCAAAGACCGGGUGAGGGGAGCUGGUCGCAGCAGGAGGCGGAGAUUCCCUGUAUUCUUCAGCAGCCUCUUGACCCCUCUCCUCUCUAGCAUCUGCUUAAGCCUCAGUCUGAACUGCCCUCUGCCACAGCCUCUUCCUGCUCACUAAACCCUCCACCUCUCCUACUGCGGACACCUCCUCCUUCCAGCCUGCUCCUUCUCCCUCUGACCACUCAUCAUAGUCUCAGCACAAAUCCUUUGGCUCUGAGCCUUCCUCCCUUAGGGGUUCCCUAAGGGGUUCCCCAGCUGUUGCCUCCCACCACUCCUCUGCAUCCAGCCAGUCCAUGACACUAACUUACGUUCAUUUAUUUCAGUGGGUCUGCUCUGAGUAGGACUUAGCUGGGUACAACCUAAAUCUGGGGGCACUGCUGAGGAUUCCCUGCACUUUUUAGAACAGUGUCAGACACCCCAUGUCAUGUAAAUGAGCCUGACACUUGUCACUAGCAAGCCUUUUUGAAACAUGUCUGGUGGAGUUCAAGGCUGGGUGAGGAGAAGCUCACGCAACAGGUUUCCUUUCCUUUGCUUCCCCCUGCCAGGCGUGAGUGGGAGAUCCGCUUGCAGGAGACGCUGGGCCCCCAUUACGUCAUGCUCUUUGCGGCAUCUCACGGUGUGCUCUACAUGUCAGUUUUCCUGCGGAGGGACCUCAUCUGGUUCUGCUCAGGUGGGGCUUGCCAAUUGGGUGGUCUUUGAAAAAAGUUUUAAGUCAUUUAUGGAUUGAAUUUCUUAUCGUUGAUCUUGAUUAUGUAGUUUUAGUAUUUUUGUUGCUUUGCAUUUUUUUUAAUUUAAACAUAUUUUUAAUUAAAGGUUUCUUGGUUUACAAAAGUAUGUGCAAUGUCUCUUUUUUCAAGUUACAUUUUCUACAGAUCAGUUUCAUUUGAUGAGACAUUACUGUUAUAUUAGGAAGAAAAGGGGGAAAGAGGUGAAGGGGGGAAUGGGUGAGGGGAGUGGGGGUGGGUGGCAAUGCUUCUACUUAGUGUAUAGGUGGGGUUUUGUGUCAGCAUCAGUUUUGUGGGUUCUCGUUACUAUUUGUUUGUGUUCCUUUGGUGGUGAGAGAGGCUGGGGUUGGCCUAGGGUGUGGUUGUUUGUUUGUGAUUGGCCAUGGUGAACUUUGUUUUCAUGUGUGAGUGGGGUGGGUGGGUGUUUUUGCAUCAAGUUAACCAUAUUGAUUUGUAUGCUAUUGGUGGAUUCUUGUCGUCUUGUUGGGCUGUGUAUGUGAUAAAGGGGAGCCAUACCGGGGUGAAGGUGUUUUCUUCUAUUUGUCCCCGUAUCAGUUUCAGUUUAUUAGUUAGUUUUUCGUUGCUUUGCAUUGUUAAGCUGCUUUGAUUAUUACUUGGAUAGAAAAGCAAGGUAUAAGUAUUAAAUCUAAUCAAGCUGGAUUUAAAUUUAUUUAGGGACAGUAUUUAUUUAUUUAUCCUUUAGGGGUCAAGGCAGCUUCCAGCAAAUUAAAUUAAACCAUACAUAAUAUUUUCUCGUUCUUACUAUGUUUCACAGAAUAGGACAAAAAGAGAAAAAAAUGUGCAGAUAAUAUAUUACUCUUUUUAAAGUAACAUUAAUAAUAAACAGGGUCUUAAUGUCUUCUCCAAACUUCUAAUUCCAAACCAAAAUUAAAAUUGCUCUUUUUUUCAGUAAUUCAUACAGAAUAUUUCCCCAUGCAUGGUUACAAUAAAUUAAUUUAUAUUAUACAUUACUGCUAUAUCCCAAAUCCUAGAAAACCAUUCCGAAGUAGGGACUGGGAGAUAGGAGAGAGAGAAACUAACCAUUUAUAAUCAAUCUAAUUUUAAAAAUGCCCAUAAAACCGCAAUAUCCAACAGAAUUAAAAUGACUCAAACCCAGGGGUCGGUUGUUACUGUUUUUCUUCAAUGUGAUGAAAUCUGCACCAAUAUAAGCAGAAGCUUCAACUUUUUUUGGAAGGAAAGUCCCUUGUUUAACCACCACCACUGGCCUGUGAUCUUGGUUUAUGCCAGAGGUCAGGGUUGGCCAGGAGUUGGGUGCAUUACCUGUGACAGGCAUUCUCUCCCUCCUUCCUUCCAGAGGUGGAAUAUGCCACCGUGACAACUCGCAUUGUGUCUCAGAUCAAGACCAAGGGGGCCCUCGGAGUUUGCUUCACCUUCUUCGGCACUUCCUUCCUCUUCAUUACCUCCCACUUCACGUGUGAGUAUCUCCCCAGGCCCCCAUCCCCAUAUAUAAGCAGCAGAUGGGGCAAGGAACACUGCUGUCCCUUCUUUCCAGGAUCAAUGGUUUGAAUGGGACUUAUCACCAACAUCUCAUUUCAAGAGCAGGUGCUAAAAUGAACCAUGCAGAUCAGGCUGGGUAUUUGUGGAAUAUGGGACUGUGUGUCUGUGAGAGAGAGACGGAAGCAGAGGAAAGGCAAUUGACCAGAUGUUUUCCUCCAAGUCUUAGAUUACAUAGAGCUUCUCUAUGGGGUGGAGAAAUUAAUGUACUAUCCUCUGUUGGCAUUUCUGGGCUUUGUCCCUCUCCCCGGUCUUUGUCCUUUUCCCAUUUUUCUGUUGCUGGAUGUCUGUAUUUGUAUGUGUGGCAUUUCUGGAUCUUUGGAUAGUCUGUUUUGAGGAGAAUCUUGCUUAACAUGCUUGGUGGUGCUGACUGCUAAAUUGGGCUGCCUUGACUCAGCCUUGUGGACCACACCUCAUCCUGCCCAGGACCUGCGCAGUACAGCUGGGUUUCAAAACAGAAUCCAUCGCCUCUUCUCCAUAUAGGAAUCUCUUGAUAAUUAAUUGCCAGAGCAAGCUACCCAUGAACUCUGUCCCCUGUUUCCUGUUUUCAAGAGGCCUUGCAUUAAGCAGACUGUCUUUUAUUUUUCAGCUGGAGAUGGCAAAGUGUACGAGAGGGUCCUGGACUACAACAAAACCAUCCAGGCUCUUACACUUCCAAAAAACAUUCCAGAUACCAACCCCUAUCGCUCCAGCCCUUGUGAGUAGCUUGAUGUCUGGAAGAAAGGCCCUUUUUUGUUGUGUGAAAUACUUGCAAUUUUGUAAUGAGCUGCUCCUUCCCAGUAAAUGUAAACCACCAUGGAAAACUUGGUUCUAAAAAAUAAGCUGAUUUUCCUCUCCAAAUCAGUGGUCUAGCCCUCAUGUGGUUAAUGGUAAACACAGUUAACACAAGCCAAAGUGAAUGUUUUUGAACUCCUCCUUCCAGCUGCAAGGCAGAGCCUGAAAUUUGCUGGAGUUCCUCCUGCUCAUGCAUGUCAUGCUAAACCACAGUUUAGUGUGACGUAGAGGAACUGCCAAUUACAGGCAAUGGCUUUCCACUAACUAGAGGCUGAAACUUCUAAUCUGCUGCCCUCCUGUGCAGGGAAGGAGGAGGAAGUCCACAAUCUUCAGAGAGAUUGAAAACCUCAUCAGUUAUAAUUUCUUUUCCUUUGGCCCAGUAAACAUAAGAGAAUGUAUUUAGGCCACCAUAAAGCCCUUGAAGAAGGGAGCUCCAGAGUUAAGCUGCUGAGGAGGCAUCCCCCUUAAUUUAGAAUGUUAACAGUGGCAGUACUUAGCAGUUUAUUUACGUGCUUCUUGAAGGUCAAGGCUUGUGACAAUCUCAUCAAACUCCUGCAUCUCACAAUUUGGUUGCUGAGCUUCUGCAUCUUGGAUCUUCAGCUGAAAUAGGGUCAUGGUAAGAUUCCUCACCUAAUCCCAGCUCCCUUUCAUUUGGCUCUGCAGCAGACGUCACAACCCACUUUGACAAUGUAUUUUGGUUCGGGGACUUCAAUUUCCGCCUGAACGAGGAUCGGGAGGUGGUGGAGCAGAUCCUUAGCCAAGGGCUGGAAGCGGACAUGUCUAAGUUGCUACAGCAUGACCAGUUGAUUAAGGAAAUGGCCAGUGGUAAGGAGAAUAUCACAGCCAUGUUUCCAUCCCAAAACUAAAGCUUGAUUCAGCCCUGAUGAAGCCAUGGGGAAAGUUGACUCUUUGCAUCCUUCCCUCCCACAGGAUCAAUUUUCAAGGGGUUCCAAGAGGCUCCCAUUCUUUUCCGCCCUUCCUACAAGUUUGAUGUUGGGCAGGACUCCUACGAUACUACCUCCAAGCAGAGGACACCAUCAUACACGGUAAGAACUUCUACAUGAGCAGCAGACAGCAUCUCACCUGGAAACGUCAGGAAGAAUGAUAUUGUGCCUUGGUGGGAAAGAAGUACAGCACUUGCCACUGAGUGUCUUUUAUACUUGUGAAAAGGAAAGUGCCCUUGGAAGAGAGCUGGCUGUUUCUCUGCUGUAGCGAUUAACUCACCUUUCCCCUCUUUGCCCCUUGGAUUUCUCAGGAUCGUGUGAUCUACCGGAGCCGUCACAAGGAUGACAUUCAAGCUGUGAAAUACUCUUCCUGCCUUGGGAUCAAAACGUCAGACCACCGGCCUGUAUAUGGGUUGUUUCGUGUCAAAGUGAGACCUGGAAGAGACAAGUUAGUAUUGACACUUUGCGUCAUGGUGGCCUUUGGCAUAAAUCUGAUGGAGGGCUGGAGAUGAGGGGUAGGUACUAAGCAGCCUCCAAGAGAGAGCAGACUGGUAGCACUUGUUCCCCUGCUGUAGGGAACCACAUUGGCACAGGAAUUGCGUCAUGGGCAGGCAGCACAGGUCUUGCAGACUAGUCCCCAGAGAGGGAUGUGUGGUCUAAUUCAGUAAAAAGUCUUUAUUUUGACAGUAGCAUGAUUAACCAGAGUGGCUGGGGCAGCCCAGUUGUAUGGGUGGGAUAUAAGUAAUACAUUAUUAUUAUUAUUAUUAUUAUUAUUAUUAUUAUUAUUAUUCUCUCAACUCCUCUCAUCCUACUCAGCCACUGGGGCUGGUGGAAGUCAUAGUCCAGCAGCAUCUGGAGGUUCCCCACACCUGGCAUGGAUAUCCCUUGACAGCAAGGAUGGGAAAACAGAGGCCCUCUGGAUGUUGCUGAAUAAUACUCCCCACCAUCAGCACCAGCAUCUUCCUUGAGCCUUGACGAUGCUGGCUACUGGGGUUGCUGGGAGUUAAGAGUUCAACAAGUGUUGGAGAUGCCAGGCAGGUCCCAGAGUCCUGCUUUUAUGGCUUGUGAAGAUGCAGCUUCCUUCACCUGCGUGUCACUUCCCACCUAAAUGCUGCCUUGUCUCUUUCCAGCAUCCCACUGGCUGCUGGCCUGUUUGAUCGAGAACUCUACUUGAUUGGCAUCAGGCGACGUAUCACCAGGGAACUUCAGAGGAAGCAAGCACUCAAGGACCAAAAAGCCAGUGCCGUCUGUUCUGUUUCCUGACCUCAAAGGGCCAUCCAAAGAGGGCUUUUCUGAGCUGGGCACAAGAGGAGCUUCUGACUCCUCCCCACAGUGAAAGGGCCUGUGCAGGAAAAGCGCCAGCAUCUGUCGCUUGGGGCCUCCUGCCAUCAGGUCUUUGAAACUGCCUUGUCGCUGCUGUGCCUGGAAACAUGGAAGGAAUGCUCUUGAGGUUGACAGUGACUGGCUCUUUGUAGACACUUGAUCACAAGAAGGCAACAAACUUGUCCAGUGGAGCUGGGGGGAGACUUUCCUAGACUGAGAUGCUCCCUUGUCUCAUUGAUGCCGUUUUGGGAAACUUGUUGCCUGAAAAAGGGUCAUGGGCAUCCUUUUUGUGUUUCAAGACCAUGUGCUCACAUCUUGGUUUUCAUCAGGUGCCUCUGGGGACCAGCUCUGGGAACAUUCUGCAUCUGUAUUUUUACUCCAUUCGUUCCCUGCCACCAAGAAGCUGAAUAUGCAGAAACAUUUGAGCAUGCUGCUAGCUUCAUUUGCCCCCCAAAACACAUUGUUUUCUCAAUUCCAGAAAGAGCAAAGUCCCCAUCUGGGACAGGCACAUUUAUUUUUGAAGUAGGAAGUGCCAGGGAGAGUGCUGAUGGCAUGUUGCAACUCAUGGGAAGGGCCUCGGAUAUCUUCCCUCAUUCCCAGACCUGGACAUAGAUUAGUAGUAUUAAGAAAUAGAAGGCUUUCUGGUUUCAUUGAACCAAGAACCUUUGUUGCUUGUCUCUUCCCAGCUGGCUACAAAAAUCAGUAUUCUUUGUGGCAAGACCAAAUUUUGACUUGUCAACAGGUGCAAAGCAGGGCCGCAGGCAUGUUGGAGUUUUGGGUUUACCCUUCCACCAUUUGGUUGCUUGUUAUUGCUCUGGACUGCAUUUGUGUCCAUAAUUUAAUAAACCAAGAGCUGGAUUUCUAAAAACUUAUUUCAAAUGUGUCAAGCUUUCCUUCCUCUUCAGCUGCAGUUU